GUGACAUUUCGCAACUUUUGCGAUUUUUGGUAAUUAUGAGCAAAAGAAAUAUAAAAAAUGAUAAGAAACUUGCUCUUUUAGAAAGAAUUAAGGAAAGAAAAUCAAUUCUUUUCUCUAAGUUUACUGGGAAUAAGUGUGGAAACGCAGAAAAAGAGAUUGAAUGGAAAAAAAUUCAUGAGUUCGCCCAAUCGCUAGGACUGGCAGGCCGAGAGCGUACUUGGACAUUUACAAGGGACAAUUUAUUUGGUUUAUGGAAAAGUCGAACAUUGGCCAAACGCGAUAAUUCCCGAAAAACUGGAAGUAGUGGAGGAAAGAAAAAAAUGUUGGAUGAAGUUGAUACUUCUAUUUUGAGUAUCAUAGAAACUGAAUCCCCAAUUCUGGAUGGGUUAGAUAUUCUAGAAAGUGAUGGAACUGGCAAUCUUGAAGUUUUUCGAAGUAACUCGCCCUUUGUUUCCGAAAUUGGGUCAACAAAUUCCAUAGUAGAGAACACUAAAACUAGAGAAGAGAACCCUUCUCUGUUGAGAAAACGAAAGAGGAAAGAAGAACCGAAUAAGAACAAAAAUGAGCAGGCAUAUGAUGAGAAAGAAUUCUUACAUAAAUUGAAGAGGGAAUUAUUGGAAAUAGAAAUAUACAAGAACUCUUUGAAAGCAGCUAAACUGGAAAAAGAAUUAGGAUUAUCACCUUCUAAAUUUACAAAAAAAUUUUUCACGAAUAGUACUUGUGGCAUAGCAGUACCGAAAUUAUUAGAAUAUAGUGAUACAGAUUCAGAAUGA